AUGAUCAGGCUCACAGUCACCCCGAAGAUAUCCCUUGCUGAUGAACCACUGAAAAUCCAGGUCUCUGGCUUGCCCCCCUCCCAGCUGGUGACCCUCCAAGCCUCUCUGACCGAUGAGAAAGGGGUGUUCUUCUGCUCCCAAGCGCUCUACUGGUCAGAUAAGGCUGGCGAGGUGGACCUGGAGCGGGCUGCUGCCACUGGAGGGGAUUACACUGGUGUGCAGCCCAUGGGUCUGUUUCAGUGCCUGAAGCCAGAAAAGCUGUUCCAUAGGCUGAUGAAGCGGGAUGUGAUGCAGAGUCCCUUCCGGGUUCGCCUGGACUUGUUCGACUCAUAUCACGUGUUUUCCUCACCCCGCGAUCAGCCUGCAGCCAGCCAGACUGUGGAGAGGUGGUACGUGGCACCCGGAGUACAACGGGUCCAGAUCAGGGGCAGCAGAGUCCGCGGAGCCCUCUUCCUCCCUCCAGGGGAAGGUCCUUUUCCAGGGCUGAUUGACAUGUUUGGUGGCGUGGGUGGACUCAUUGAAUUCCGAGCCAGCCUCCUUGCCAGUCGUGGCUUUGCUGCACUGGCCCUAGCUUACUUUGCGUAUGAAGACCUGCCCAGUUUUCUAGAUGAGGUGGAUCUGGAAUAUUUUGAGGAAGCUGCCAACAUACUCUUGGAACAUCCAAAGGUGGGAGGGGCAGGAGUUGGUGUGGUUGCAACCUGCAAAGGUGCUGAGAUUGCACUGGCAAUGGCAACGUUCCUACCACAGAUCCCAGCCACAGUUUGCAUUAACGGGACCAAUGCCAUCCACGGGACUGCGCUGCGCUACCGUGAUCUCCACAUCAGUCCAAUACCUUGCAAAUUUGAGUGUGUGCGGCUCACACCCCUGGGGCUGCUCUCUUUCUUCAGUGUCAUUGGGGACACUCGAGCAGAGGCAAAUCAAGGUAGCAUCAUCCCUGUUGAAAAGGCCCAGGGUCAGCUCCUCUUGGUCGUGGGAGAAAGUGACCAGAACCACAACAGCAAAGCAUAUGCUGAGGAAGUGAUGGAGAGGAUGAGGAGACAUGGGAGAAAGAACUGCACUCUGCUGUCUUAUCCAGGCGCCGGGCACCUGAUAGAGCCCCCGGGGUCCCCGUUCUGCCCCUGCUCCUGGAACCCCUUUUUCCUCUUGCCCUUGAUGUGGGGAGGCGAAGCCCAACCCCAUGCUGCCGCACAGGAGCAUUCUUGGAGAGAGAUCCAAAAAUUCCUUUGGCACCACCUGUGCCCAACAGGAAGCAGCAAACUCUGA